AUGGACAUUGAGUGUACAUUACUUGCCGCUGUUGUGCAUAAAGGGCCAAGCAUAAACUGUGGACACUUUGUUUCCUAUGUUUUUAAUACAGAAAAUACGGCAAUUAUUUACGACGACGAAAGGGUGCAAGUUAUUGACAGCAAUAAACUACUUACGUCAGACUACUUUAUGAAGAAUGUUUACAUGUGCUUUUAUGUGAAAGGCAAUAGAUGGUGUAGUCCAAAAAUAGAAAGAGAAAUCCAACACAAAACGGAGCGUGGACAUGUGACAAAUGUUGAAACUACAGAGAACGUUCCUUGGGCUCUCAGUGAAAAUGAGUUACGUCAAGUUAAGCAAAUAUGGAGUUUUAGGAAAAAAGUGUUUUUUAUGAGAUGCACAAUAUCCUCGCACCAACUGCCGACUCUUCAACCUGGUCACUGGCUUGGUGGAGAUGUUGUGAACGGGUUCUUGCAAGGAUUGUUGACUCAGUAUUCAAAUGCCUCAUGUCCUUCAUUUCAUGUCUUUUCAAGUUACUUAUACACUGAUAUUGCAACCAAGUCGAAAAGACAAAGCAUUAUCCGUCAAGCAAUGGCAGUUGACCCAAUGAAGUAUGAAAUGUUGUUCUUUCCAAUCAACCAUGAAUCACACUGGAUUUUGGUGGUAUGCUUCCCUGUUUCGUCUAUUCUGGUGUACUUUGAUUCUUUGAUAACCAUAAAUAUUUCUGUUUUUGGUCAUGUACUUGGACUAAUAGAGGCCUUGUUAACCACACACGGACAUCAGUUUGAUCAUGAGAAAUUUUUGUUCCUUGCCCCAGAUGAUAUUCCUCGUCAGCAAGAUGCAUGCAGCUGUGGUGUUUAUGUUUGCAUGAACGCUGUUACAUUAAUACAAUCGCCUGACAUACCCAUUUACUCCUGCAAAGACAUUACGAAAAUUAGGCUGUGGAUGGUUAAUUUCUUGGUUAAAACACAUAAUGUAACAAAACCUAAUUCCGGAAGGAAGAGAGAUGAUCAGAUUGAAAUACCACUGAUAAAUUAUUUAGCCGUUCGCAGUUCUGAUAUAGCGAGAAAAGUGCCGUCAUGCAGUAUUUCAACUGGUACAUCUGUUUUCCAUGACAUCCAUGCCUUAUCGUCUUCCCGUAAAUUAUAUCCCCAAAUCAGUGUUGAUCUAGAUGAGCCUGCAAAAAAAAGAGUAAAUGCGAAAGCGGCGAAGGACACAUUGUCGCCAUUGUCAUUGGGAGAGGAAUUAUUAG